CCCCAAAGCAAUUCGACACGCUUUUCUUUACAGCCCCUGUUUUAUAUCAUCAACCCAAGCUCGCUUUUGAGAUCUUCACUUCCUUUUAUCCUAAGCUAAAACCCAAUCUGAACAUCCCCAUCUCCAAAUAUGGCACUAAGCCAUAAUGUUAUUGGCAUGAUCAACUUCAUAGCCACACUUCUAUCAAUUCCCAUCAUUGGGGCCGGAAUUUGGCUGACAACACUACCUGAUAAUUCUUGUGUGAAGAUUCUUCAGUGGCCUGUUGUAAUUAUUGGGAUUUUGAUCUUAGUUGUAGGAAUUGCAGGGUUCGUAGGAGGAUUCUGGAGAAUUCCAUGGUUACUUCUUUUCUACUUAGUGGUCAUGCUAGUUCUCAUAAUAUUACUAGGUUGUAUGGUUGUAUUCAUUUAUAUGGUUACUCUUAAAGGGGCUGGUCACCUUGCUCCUAGUAGAUCUUACUUGGAAUAUCGUCUCGAUGAUUACUCCGGAUGGUUACGUAGAAGAGUCCAAGUUUCUUACAAAUGGGAUCAAAUUCGAGCUUGUCUCAGCACCACAAGCAUGUGCCCGGAACUGAAUCAAAGUUACCGUUUCGCUCAAGAUUUCUUCAAUGCACGCAUCACUCCGUUACAGUCUGGCUGUUGCAAGCCUCCAACGCAAUGUGGAUUCACGUUCGUAAACCCGACGUAUUGGAUUAGUCCAAUAAACACAGCGGCAGACAUGGAUUGCUUACUGUGGAAUAACGAGCAAACGCAACUUUGUUAUGGGUGUGACUCAUGCAAAGCCGGAUUACUUGCCAAUAUUAGGAGUGAAUGGAGAAGAGUAGAUAUCAUUUUGUUGAUCACUUUGAUUGCUCUAAUCUGUGUUUACUUAGUAGGUUGUUGUGCAUUUAGAAAUGCCAAAACAGAAGAUCUGUUUCGCAAGUACAAACAAGGUUAUACUUAGGAAACAAAAGACUGUUCGAUCUGAUUUGUGAUGAGAAGAAAAAAAUUGUUUGCCUUGGGGCUUUGGGUGAGUAAAAGGUUCUAGUACUUUUGUUAAACCAGUUGUUAAUUUUGAUCCGUUUUUGUGCGUGGGGUUUGAUUGAUUAGAAACCAUAAUCAGAAUUUUGUCAAAAGGGCAUACGUAAUUAGCGGAAUCACCGAAAGUAAGUUGCUUUAAUAUCCACUAAUGGGAAUCCAAAGGUAUUAUCCUAAAGCAGACAACUAGGCGUGAACAUCAACAAUUGUAAAAUGUAGAUGAAUCAAAAGAUAGCUUAGAGGGGAACCUAUUCUACCAGAAAACUCAAAAAUGCCGCUGCUCCAAGUUACUAUAAGAAAACUUAUUGCUAAAUAAAUUGCUGAUAUCCGUACUUUUGGAAUUACAUGGCUCACAAAAAAAAUCAGUAAAAGCAGGAGGGAAAAUUAUACAGUUUUUAUAUUAUUACUAUUACUGUAACAGAACUCACACACCUCUGUAUUAUUGCAAACUACUUGCAUUAUGAAUGCCGAUUCAUCAUCUUUUCUUUUCUCA